GUGCGCGAGGCAGAGCAUCAGCGAAGGAGGCCCGGACGCCCCGCAAUGAAGUUUCCUUCCUUUUCGCCCCCCCCCCCCGAUCCCAGAAGAGCGCGUGCGCGGCAGUUCCGGCGACGCCUGCGCGCCGGAAUGUGAGGCCGUUGGCGCCUCCCUCCUUUUACGGUUAUGAGCUGCCGUUGCUGCGGGUUUCCCUCCGCGAGCGAUGACUGACGGGCUCGGGAAGGCGGAGUCGGGCGCCCAGGUGAGGCAGAGAAUGACGCACGCGCACGCCCCCUCCCCUCGCGCUAAGGGGAGCGGGGGGAGGGUCUCUCCCAUGCCUCUAGCGGGUGGGGAAGACUGACACAACCCGGCAUCCUGUUUCCAGCAGGGGUCAGCUAUGGACGCUGUCGGGAAGUCCUCAAGCUGGGCUCCUGCCUCUUCCCAGCCACACACACACACACACACAGUGGAACACAGUCUCUGAAGGUGAAAAAUACAAAGAAAACAGAAAAAAGCUGCCAACGAUAUAUUUUUAAAACCUUCAGGAACCUUCUCCACAGGAUGGUUGAUGGUGGGUUACCUUGUGGAGGUGUGCAGCUGAACUAGGCCUUGACACUUGGAAAUUUUCUAACCCAUCUUUCACCUCUCACACAGCGGCUUAUAUGAGCCCCUCACACGGUUUUUGUUUCUUACUUGUUUUUCCACCUGCAUUUCAACGACACCUUCCUUUCUAAAACCGAAGGGUGGUAUAAAAAGACUUUAAAUAAACUGAGGAUAAAGCAACAAACAAAAGUUCGUAUGUGUUCACCCAGCAGCUGCCUUUGGAUUGCCAUGCCUCUGCUUCAUAAACUGAGAUGUGGGCCUGUUUCUCUUGGCCACGCUUUUCUCCUCGCCUGCGUGAGCCAGGAAGCAAGACUUCAGUUAGAUGUAGUUUGCCAUUAUGUCUGAAAAGGAAGGCUCUGGUUAACGGCUUCCAAACAACCCUAUGGGAAACCAUAGUUAACUGAAGACCUGUUUCCCUGUCUGCGGCUUGUAGCAGGGAAGAGCAAAGCACCUGCCUUGCGGGCCCUGGAGUUCAUAUCUUGACUUAUUAAGGUGAUUGACAGCCAUCCAAACACAGCCAGAAUCUGCUACAGACUGCCUCCAACCAACCUCACAAUCAGCAGCAAGCUGACCUAGUAGACUUUUCUGGGAAGUGGUUCCAUAAAAGAAGGUCCUGGAUAUAGUAUUGCCACGUUUUUCCCUAUCUUUGUGUCUUAUGUCAUAGCAACAUGACAAACAGAUUUUGAGGCCAGGAAAAGCUCCACCCGCCUAAUUAAGUAGUCAGGGGAAAGCAUCGUAAUGACAGGUGAAUAUGGAAAAUGUGAAGCAUUUGCCCUGUCAAUGCCGUAAUGGGCAAAUUUCUGCCAGUCAUUUAUCUUCUACAAUCGCUUCCAAGGGGUGGGAAGGAAGAUGGCAGGGCCAGGUUUACAAGAUGCUGAGUCAGUGACAGCACUAUGCAAACCUAACUUGACACACACCCUGGUUUCAGGAUGGCAGUUGUGAGCUCUGGUCCCUGGUGGCUGUACCAAAACUUGGGGAGGAGCCAUGACUCAGUGGUAGAACAUUUGCUUUGUAUGCAGAUUCAAUCCUUGGCAUCUCCAGGCAGGACUGUCUGCAGUCCUGGAUAGCUGCUGCCAGUCAUCGUAGGCAGUACAGAGCUAGACAGAUCCGUAGUCUGAUCUAGUGUGAGGCAGUUCCCUGUGUUUACAAAUGAUAAAGAGAUUUGACUCCUCUUCUUUUUUACAUAUAGAACUCUACAAUUCUAUUGUUUGUAGAUUUAAUAUAUGUCUGAAGUGCAUUUGCUCCAUAAAUGUGAAGCUGUUACUAAUUUAUUUAGGGUAUUCCAUAUCCUACUUGAAAGCCCCAAGGGGUUCUCAGAGUGGCGGAGAAAAAGUUUGUACAGUACAACUGCAUCCAAAAAGAUUUGCACAUAUAAUAAGAAAUAACAUGGCGCCAGGUUUUUUCAGACUUUUUUUGCCCUCAUUCUUGGACUUCCCACUGAGGAACUCUAAGGCGAGUGGGUUGAGCUGCUAGACUUCACUGUCCACAAUGAAGCCAAGUACUCCUUUGGCCAUUGGCAGUUCCCAGACAACAGUUCCCAGCAAGGACCUCUGACCUCGCUCAGUCCAAGAUGGAGCCAAGUCUUCCUGAUAGAUGCCAGCUUCAGAAUACAGUAAAAGCAACCCCACUCUGAGCCUUGGAAACUGCUGUCUUCAGUACAGAGUGGCUCCUGGGGGUACAGAAAUUGGCAGUCUCUGUUUUCCAAAAGUUUAUAUAACCAUCAAAUGAUUAUUAAGAAGAGUACUUCAUUUCCGUUACAUCCGAGUUCCAUUUUGACCAUUUGUCCAUGUCUCUAGUGUGCUGUAGAGGUUAGGCGUGUUGGACUACAAAAGCCUUACUUUGGUCCGGUUGCUAUCUUAGCCUAGGCCACCUCACAGGGCUGUUGUGAAAAUAGAAUGAUGGAGGGGAGAGAGAAUGCUGUGAAGUCCUUUCAGCAACAAUGGGAUUAAAUAAAAGCUGGGGGUGUUCUUGCAGUGGAAUUUGUUAGGUUCGUAAAAAUUUCAAACUCUCUUUGGAAUGGAUAAAAAAUACAGUAUUUAAUAGUCCAUUGUAGGGAUUAAUAUUUAAUAUCCUAACAGUUUGGCUUAAGACGGUUAGCACAGAGGCUGGCUUUUGUUGGCUUUUUCUUUCUGUAAAACCGUUAGCUGACUCCCCUGGGAUGUUGCCCAUCGUACACAGCAUGAUGCUAAAUGGCUGCAGUUGUUUUGCUUUAAAACCUAGAAAGUAAACAUACAUCAGAAGCACAGGUGCAUUAGUACUUAAAUUAUCAUAAUAAUUUCCAUGCGCUGUUCUCCAGAUAAGCACCUGCUGUUAUAUGAGAAAAAUAUGUGAACCUUUAUUAUAAUAUAAUCGUAUUUAGCCUGUAACAAACAGUGAGUAGGAUACUUCUUGAGAGUGGCUAGCAAAGGGGAAGGAGGUAGAACAGCAGCCAUGGAGUUGCAUAGGAAGCUGUCUUGCACUAGAUCAGACAAGUUAAGUAUUAUCUACUCUGACUGGUGGUGGCUUCCCAGGGCCUCCUUCACAUUACCUGCUUCCAGAUCCUUUUCACUGGAGAUUCCAGGGACUGAACCAGGGACCUUCUACAUGCCAAGUGUCUGUGCUGUCACUAACUAAAGCCCCUCCUUCAGAUAGUCUGUGCAGAAUGUAUUGGCUGUGAACUCAGAUGUAAUGGUUUCCAUAUAGGUAUGUCGUUUACAGGUCUCCUGGAUCCAUUACUGUCGCUUGUGACCUUGGUGGCACAGAUGGCCUUCUAUCAGCUUCAGCUGGUGGCCUAGCUACACCCCUAUCUGGUCAGGGAUAGCCUAACCUUUGUGGCCCAUGCUCUGGUAACCUCUAGGUUGGAUUACUGCAAUACAUUAUAUGUGGGGCUGCCUCUGAAGACCUUUCAGAAACUUCAGCUGGUGCAAAAUUUGAUGGCCAGGUUGCUCACCAGAACAAGAUGGUUUGAGCAUAUAACCCCAGUCCUGGGCCAACUGCACUGGCUGCCAAUUAGUUUUCAGGCUCAAUUCAAAGUGCUUAGGACCUGAGGACCUUAAGGACUGCCUGUCCCCAUACGAACCAAGUCAGACCCAGUGCUUGUCAUCCAAAGCCCUUCUCUGUGCCCUCCCCCUGAAAGCUUCAAAGGGUGACAACACGAGAAUGGGCCUUUUCUAUGGUGACUUCCUAUCUGUGGACUGCUCUCCCCAGAGAGGCUCGCAUGGUGCCAUCAUUAGAUGCCUUUAGGCACCAGGCAAAAACAUUCCUCCUUACCCAGGCCUUUGGCCGUUAAAUAAUCUAUAGCUUCUUAAAUAUUAUGGAGGGGACUGCUAUCAUGAUUAUUUUAUUAUUAUGCUCUGUAUUAUGUUUUUAAUGUUGUGCAAUACACCGUCCUGGGCUCUUUGGAUAAAUAAUAAUAAAUAAUAAUGUAGUGCCUGUAACCUUUGUCCCUUAAAUCUCUUAGUCAGUCACUGUGAGGACCCCCUCACACAUACUGUACAUCUCCAAAUACCAGUAUAUAGAAUACAGAUCAAAGGAAGAAUGAGUUGCUCUUCCAAUAGUCUCUUACACAGACCAUAUAAGUGUGCUGUUAUGAUUUUAACAAGAAUUAUUUUUUUAAAAAAACCAAUUGUAAUUAAAAGUAGUACCACCAUUAUAAAACCAGCAACGUAUCAGUCACAAUUUAGGGGAAAUUAAUCCAGCCCCACCUCAAAGGCAUUUUGAAAUAUUAAAAAAAUGAAGUCUUGAAUUAAAAAAAGCACUAUUACACUAAAUAAAAUGUCAUCCUCUACCUUUGUGCUGGUUAAGACACAAACAGAUACAGCUUGGGUUGAAUGCAUUUAUCAGGAGGUUUGUCAUAUUCAGACACUGGCUCCUAGACAUCAUCCUCCAAAAUCAAAGUGUAGUUUUUGCAGUUCUUGUGUAACGUUUCGGUAUGUGAUGUUUCCACUUCCACACUUGUCUUUGUGUCUCAUAUCAAGUAUAUUUGCUUGUGCAUUUUAACUCUGGUUAAGUAUUCUAUAUUCAUUUUGUUAAUCCUAGAUUCUCUCUGUGUGUGGGAGAUACACUGGAAUAUGUCAUAAUUAUUUGCAAUAUUACUGCUUUAAAGGUCUUCAAUACCCACCUUCUUGUGCAGAAGAUGGCAUAAGGAGCAGAACUUAUAUGAUAAAAUUGCAGAUUGACUAUCAAAAUUAAUGCAAAUUAAAGAGUGAAAUCACCUUGGAUGCAAGACUAUUAGGGCAGAAUAUUCCCCUGUAUAUAGUGCCUAGUCAUGGUGACUAUGUUUUGUGUGUGUCUUUCUCCUCGUACCCCAGGACAUUUGUGGUAUUGAUACAAAACACACCAUUAAAUUGAGAGACUUGUCCAUCUAACACAAAAAUCCAUAUUGCAUUAGGCUCCCUGACUGUGCUGUCCAUGAAUUUCUUGGUAAAUGUCAUGAAGCUUGCAGACCAAAAUAAAUGGCCUGUUUGUAUCUAGAAAACUUCAGCAGAAGACAAAUGGGCAAAUAAAGAAGAAAGAUAGUUUGACCUUUUCUUGACUGCCUACAUGCAUGUGUUUCGAUCCAGCCUGCAUUUGGAACCAAAGCUGCUUUAGUUGCCCCAGUUGGAUUAUCAUUUCCCUUGACCGAAAAGGACUGGACAGUACAAUUCUCUUAGUCUUUCUAUAUCACUCAAAUUUAGGCACAGCCAACAACCAGAUAAGGUGAGACCACAAUCUUUUUUGUCGGGGAGUAGUAAUGGAGGAAGAUGUUUUAUGGAAGUCGUCAGGUUAACAGUUCCUCUACCUUGCUGUUAAGUUUAUCUGUCUGAAGUUACAGAGAGAUCAUCUGGAGGUAUUGGCACACUGAGGACCCUCAAAUAUAUUUUUUCCCCAGGUGGUCCAGAUGGAAGAGGACAAACAAGCAGCAACUCACUCUAGGCAGGAUGGAAUGGGAUUGUUUAGAGAUCCUGGGUGCUUAGGAAAGAAAGUUGUCCAGUAUUUAUCUGCAUCUUCAUCCUUGAUGAAUCCUGUUCAGUGCUUAGGAGCAUUGCCUGAUACUCUUUUUAGAAAAUGUGUUGGUGGCAGUGGAUUGAACCAUUGUUUUGCCAGCUUUGUUUAAUGUGUAGACUAACAUUUGCUGGACUGGGGGAAUCUAGCAAUCACCAUCACCAUCACCAUGCAUGCCUUUGUUACACUGAAGGUCCAAUGUGUAAUAAUGCCUUUUAUGCAGGACAUUUGCUGUCAAAAUGCCUGGAAGCUAACAGCUGGUGCAGAAUGUGGCAGCCACUUUCUUGAUAGGAGGGGGGGGAGGCAAGCCAUAUACAUACAUGCUGCAUACUGAACAAAAUGCAUUCCCUGAAAAUCAUUUGUUAAACAAGCAUUCGUAUAAUGAGUCCACAUUUCCAUGGAUUCCUAUGGGAAUAUUUCUAAUAUGUAAUUUUUACGAUCUCUCCCCGCUCCCUACAUGCAUGGUUUCUGCCCAAAAAUGACUACUGCUAACCAGCAAACCACAAGCAAGGAAGUGGGCAAACUUGGAUAUCCAAACCUGCAGCAUGUAUAGCAAGGUUUGGACAUCAUUCUUUUCAUUUGGAUAACUGAUUUUUUGCAUAAUGAGCAGGCAGAUAGCAGGCCCUGUGUGUACAUGCUGGUCUGUGCUCUGUUGACUUUCAGAUUCAAUUCAAGGUGAUGGCUUUGAACUAUUUAGCCUGACUGAGCCCAAUCUGCAUUUGACAGCCCCACUCCCUAUAUGAGGCUUUCCAUCUUCUGUAAUCAAGAGAAUCCUGGCAAUAGCCAUCUUUAAUCAGGAAGCUAAGAUCAGUGGGGAAAUGCAGUAGUGACCUCAACACUAUGGCACUCACUACUGCAACUCAAGAGACUUACCUCAGCACUAGCCUACAAACUUUAAAAAAUCACGGUGGUCAUAUUUAGGAGGAAUUUGCGAUUCUGUAUUUAUUUUAUGUCUGGUUUAAUAUCUCUAUUACUCUAACACUUACAAUUGAUCCAUUAUAUGCUAAUACAAUAUAAUAGAAUGUUGCUUUUAGAGCAUUAAGACUUUAUUGCUGGAUUUCAGAUUGUAACAGAGUUUCUUUUAUAAGCUGCUUUAAAUAAAUUUGGUGAAAAUACAUAGAAAUCAACCAAAAUAGCAAGUUUUAUUGAACUGACUUCACUGAGGAUACAGUGUAUUCUGUUUAUGCAUGCUUUUCUGCCCACCGGUUUUUAUUUGGAUUCUAUAGGUGGUGCCAUGUCUAGAAAUUUAAAAGUAAUUGAGAUAUACUUUUAAUUGCACAUGCAGCAGUGCAGUUAAAACCAGCUGCUGGGAAGCCAUUGAACUCACACUAAGUUUUGUGCACAAUCAAUACAUUUAGCUUGUUGACUCAUUAAUUUCAGUAAAGUUGACUUUCUCUUUGUUUCAAAGCUGCUUGCACGACUUGAGGGCAGAAGUUCUCUGAAGACGCUUGAACCUUGUCUGUUUGCUGAUGAAGGAUAUCCUAUUCAUGGUAAAUACAUACAGAUCCUUAAAAAUAUUCACAGUAAUAAUUGUCUGGCAUAUUGGAAGAUAAAUGGUAAACAAGCAAACAAACAAAUUAAAAUUUAUGCUCCCCAUUUUCUUUUUAUCUUAGCUUUGGAAGGGAAAGUUUUUUUCUCUUGCUGCCUGAGAACAAAUUGGUUGGCAUGAGUGUGUGUUACACACAUCAAGAAAAGAAAAUAUAUUCACUUGCUUUCCAGAAGUGUAGCUGUAUUGGUUUGUUGUAUUAAAAUAAAAUAAUCAAAUCCAGUGGGGCUUGCUUCUAAAUAGACCUGCGUAGGAUAGGGAAUUUGAUUGUACUGAAAAGUUGCACAUGAUUUCAGGUAGAGGUGUGUGUGUUACAGCUGAAAGCUGAGCCAUUUGAAAGGUAUCUUGAACAGCAAAUGCCUUCCUAGCUUAAACAUUUGCUUCUUCAUUAUUAAACAGGAGAUAUUGUUGAAUUCCAUGGUCCAGAAGGAACAGGAAAAACAGAAAUGCUCUAUCAUCUUAUUGCCCGCUGCAUUCUUCCAAAAUCUGGUGGUGGCUUGGAUGUUGGUGUGCUUUUUAUUGAUACAGACUUCCAUUUUGACCUGUUGCGUUUAGUGACUAUUCUGGAGCACAGAUUGCCCCAAGGCACAGAAGAGAUGAUAAAGCAGUGUCUGGGGAGGUUUUUCCUUGUUAAUUGCAGCAGCAGCGCUCAGCUGCUUCUUACUCUUUUCUCUUUGGAAAACAUGUUUUGCUCUCACCCUUCCCUGUGCCUCUUGAUUAUUGACAGUAUAUCAGCCUUUUAUUGGAUUGACAGAGUCAAUGGAGGGGAGAACCUUAGCCAGCAGGAAGCAAACCUAAAGAGAUGUGCGCAGUUCCUGGGGAAGCUUGUAAGAGAGCACCACUUAGUUUUGUUUGCAACAACUCAAACAAUCAUGCAGAAAUCACUGAACACAUCUGAAAGUUCAGGAAAACACCACAGUGAAGCAGAUAUGGACUACCGGCCUUACCUCUGUCAGUCGUGGCAACGGCUGAUAACUCAUCGAAUCUUUUUCUCCAAGCAAUGCCAUUCAGGCACCGCAAAAGGAUUUUCAAUUACCGCUUGCCAUGUAAGAAAUAACAGUGUUGUAAAACGCCCAUUUAGCAUUACAGAAUGUGGGAUCCAGUUUUGACAGUGGACUGUUUUUUAAAAGUAGACUACAAUUUGACACUACAGUCAAGUUAGUUUUUUUAAAACUUGUGCCUUUUUUAAAAAAAAGGUUUAUUUUUUUAUGCCAAUAUUUUCUAAAAUGUAAAUAAUAAAGAUUCAGGAUUGUCAGACUUUGUGUCAUGCAGUAUUGAAGCCUUUAAAAAGAGACCUGCCAUUCCAAAAAAGAUCAUUUAUCCAUAAUGUCUGUCAGCUGCUUUUGAAAUGGAAGCGUAGAAAUGGAAGCUUUUUUGAAGCUGAGCACUGCACAGCUGAGCUAGAUUCUUUGUUAUAUAAGUGCAUUAGCUGACACUCGGCACUGCACACAUUUGAAUUUAAUAGGAAGAACAUAAGACAAGCUUGUUGGAUCAGGCCAGUGGCCUAUCUAGUCCAGCAUUCUGUUCUCACAGCAGCCAACCAGAUGCCCAUGGCAAACUCAACAUAAGCACAACAGCGCUCUGGCCACCUGUGAUUCUCAGCAACUGGCGUUUAGAGGCAUACUGCUGCCAACGGUGGAGGUAAAACAGCCAUCAACGGAUACACACUAAGGUCCCACCCCACUCACCAACUGCUUUUAUCCACAUUUACCCUUUCAGAUGGGAUAGUAUUGGGGUUAAAUUGGGUUGCUUACUUUUGACCUGUAACUUGAGUUGCAGUUCUAAAGAGUACUGAAAAACUAUGCAUGCAAUGGUAGAACAAAUAAAGUCACUGUCCUGCAUAAGAUCCAAGUAGAACAUUUGUGUUUGGAAUGCAGCGUGCAACUCAUCAAAAUUCUGGCAGACCAGUUUCAUCUAAUGAGAAAUGACCCGCAGCUCUGGCAAGAAGAAAACCAUAUUGAAUCAGUAAAGCAAAUGCUAAUUGUAUUGGCUUUGGAAAGCUUCAAAUCCUUUGCGAAAUAAACUGUCUUCUGCAUUAUUUACAAAUCCAGUACAUACAACGGCUCCAAAAAGAGGAAGGUUCUCAACAAACAUGGGCAGUAGUUCAGAUGACCUUCCAUUAAUUGAUGGUGGAAAUGUAUAUUUUUGACUGCUCAGUGUGUAUCGUGUACGUUAAUAUACUGCAACCCUUGAUAGGUCGGUUCUGUAAUCUACAUAUUAUGGAUGGAGUGGAUGAGGUCCCCUCUUGAUAACUCUGGCUGAACAGGAAGGUGCUGUGGACUGAUUUUGAACAGGAAUUCAUAAUUUCCCUAUGAGAUUUCUAUUAUGGACUAAAAAGAAAAGCCAUCCACUAGAUUUUCUUUUAAUAAUGAUUCUUGAUUCCAUACUCAGACUUAGGGAUAAAGUUAAGGAGCUAUUAAACCCUAGAUUUUCUCAAUUAACUACUUAAAUUAAUGAUCAUAAAGUAUUACUACCUUGGUCCUGUUGUAAGAUGAUUUAUGAAGAGACUGUCAGGAGCUUGAAUGAAAGGCACUCUUUCAUUUCUUUUAAGAUUAGAUCUUACUUGACUCAUGAGUUGAAAGUUCAUCAUAUGGAGCAUUCUGCUAGAUCAGACCAAAGACCUAACCUGUCCAGCACCCUGUUCCCCAGAUGCCUGCAGGAAGUCCACAAACAAGAAGUGGUCAAGGUGAUUAGAUGAGUCCAGCCACUCAUGUGUAUGCUUGACCCUUUGGGCAAAAAAACUGGAAGAUAAAGAAGAUUGAGUUUUCUUCCCUAGAACAUCAAAAUUAAUCCCCAGCUUUGCUAAAUCAAAGACUGCCAUGUUUCUCCUUGUUUCUGCUGUCUGUUUACCCCAGAAACCUGUGUGUUUCAUUUAAGGGCCAGGACAGGUCUGGACUAUAAGCCAGUCUCCAGUUUCUUAGAGAUGGGGAGCCCCUUGCCUGCUAAAGAGUUCUGGAAAAUUAAAAUGUCUGUCAGAUUUUUACGAAUCCCUGGUCCCUUUAAAUUUCCUUUUUCCUAGUGGUCCAGAGAGCCAUGCUGAAAGACCAUAUCAUCCUGUUUUACUAGUUUGGUUUUUUUUGGACCAAGCACCUUCCAUCAUUGGUUUUGGCCUUGGGAAAGUAUUUGCAUACAUGGCUCCCGAGCCCUAGCAAAAAAAAAAUGUUAUCUUUUUAUUGUCUACCCUAUAAAUUAUUUUCACUGUGUGUUUGGGGAUUGUAAACAUGAUUUAUUUUUU